AAAUGUCAAUUAUUUAAUAAAAUAGCAUUUAAAUGUGUUUUUAGUGCUGUUCGUGUUAUUUUAGUUAAUUGUUUAAGUUUUAGAUAAUAUAUUUUAAUAAAGCCAACAGAAUAUUCUUAACAAUAAUUUUAUUAAAAUUUAUAAAUAGCAAUAAAAUUAAAUCACUUUUAAAAUGAGUCAAAUCAACUCAUAUAUUGUAUUGUAUGAUAAGCUAAACGUCCGCUAUAUCUAUAACACGAGUGGAAGAGCUAUUGUCUGGAGAAAUGUCUUCUUAUUCUUCGUGUUAAAUAUUUUCUAUUUGUAUAGUAUUUAUCACUCUCUCGUCAAUAAGUGUUGGAUUACUUGGAUUUUUGCGUUUUGGUACGGAAUGGCUGGAGGUCUGGGAGUGACGGCCGGUGCGCACAGAUUAUGGUCACAUCGUUCAUACAAAGCACGGCUACCAUUCAGAAUAGUUUUGAUGAUAUUUCACACAAUCGCCGGACAGAAUGAUCUGCACGAGUGGUGUCGCGACCAUCGGGUGCACCACAAGUACGCCGAGACGGACGCCGAUCCGCACAACUCUCGGCGGGGCUUCUUCUUCGCACACGUCGGUUGGCUUUUGACGCGAAAACAUCCGGACGUUAUCGCGAAAGGCAAACAACUCGACUGCUCUGAUAUACUCAAUGAUCCCGUUGUGAAGUUCCAGAAGAAGUAUUAA